AUGGCGAACUGUGUGGAAAGAUACACUGCCCUGGAGUAUGCUUCACUACUGCGCACCCCCAAGCUGGUGCACAGCAUGUUCGACGUGAAUCCACCGGACCCGCAGCGGCUUUUUCAAGACUGGAACGUGUUGCACUGCUUUCUUCGAUUGUUCUGCGCAAUCUCCUUUCUCCUGGCCUUCGCACUCACCGAGCUGAUCAACGGGUAUGGUGAUGAUGCUUUGGCUUUCAUAUAUGCCAUGGGAUUGUCUAUCUUUGUGUUCUUUACGUGUCAAGUGCCGUGGCACUGCGUCGUGAAGCGCUCGGGCUGGCCAGGAUACAGGUUCUGGGCCUUUAUCUACUUGGUGUUUUCCGUCAUUUCUCUGGGAGCAUGGUGGCACCUUCUGGAAAAGAUGAGCUGCCACAUCAUGAAUCAGGCCCAUGAGCAGUUCCGGGCGCCUGAGCUCCGACCUCGACCACGACGUGUUUCCAGCACCUGGGCUUUGGGCCCUUUCCUUUUUGGCCUUGACAAUGCUUUCAUGUUCAUCGCCUGUGUUCGAGCUUCGCAGCAGGCUAGGGCCCGAGAAACCCAGGGAGCAGCGGCGCCCCUGCUGCUGGACUCGUGA